CGGGCGCGCGCGCGGGGCACGCCGGGAAGCCGCCGCCCAAGAUGGCGGCAGGAUUGAAAAGUUGUCGGUGGGGCUGAGGCGGGUCCGGGCGGGCUGGGAGCGGGGGCCGAGCCCUGGGCGGGUUCUAUGGCCGCUCCCGGGCAGUGAGGCCGGGCUCCGCCGCGCACACAGGUCGGGAGAGCACGGCCGCUGCGGGGAUGCCCCGGGGGGGGCCCGGGCCGCCGCCGCCGGAGACAUGGAGGAGGAGGGCAAGAAAGGCAAGAAGCCUGGAAUAGUGUCUCCUUUCAAACGAGUCUUCCUGAAGGGCGAAAAAGGUCGGGAUAAAAAAGCCCAGGAGAAGGUUACGGAGAGACGGCCUCUGCAUACGGUGGUGGUGUCCCUGCCUGACCGCGUCGAGCCGGACGUGCUGCUGAACGACUACAUCGAGAAAGAAGUGAAGUAUUUAGGUCAACUCACAUCCAUCCCAGGGUACCUGAAUCCCUCCAGCCGCACGGAAAUCCUGCAUUUGAUCGAUAACGCAAAGAGGGCGCACCAGCUCCCGGGGCAGCUGACCCAAGAACACGAUGCUGUCAUCAGUCUCUCUGCCUACAACAUCAAGCUGGUGUGGAGGGAUGGAGAAGAUCUCAUCCUCAGGGUCCCCAUCCACGACAUCGCAUCCGUUUCCUACAUCCGAGAUGACUCCUCUCACUUGGUCGUGCUGAAAACAGCUCAGGAUCCCGGGAUCUCCCCAAGCCAGAGUCUCUGCGCCGAGAGCUCCAAAGCCCUGACUUCGGGCUCGCUGUCCGAGAGCGGGGUGGUUCCCGUCGAAGCUUGUUGCUUGGUGGUCCUGGCUACGGAGAACAAAGUGACUGCCGAGGAGCUGUGCUCACUUCUCAGCCAAGUCUUCCAGAUUGUUUACACUGAGUCCACGAUAGACUUCUUGGACAGAGCAAUAUUUGAUGGGGCAUCCACGCCGACGCGGCACAUGUCCUUACAUAGCGACGACUCUUCGACAAAAGUGGAUGUUAAGGAAUCUUACGAAACGGAAGCAAGCACUUUUUCCUUUCCAGAAACCUUGGAUGCGGGUGACAACUCCCCCUCGUCCUUCUCCACGCAACAGUCUCCACACAUUAAGACAGUCAGCGAGAGCGAGCUGAGCACCACGGCGACAGAGCUGCUCCAGGACUAUAUGAUGACGCUCCGAACGAAACUCUCGUCCCAAGAGAUCCAGCAGUUCGCGAUGCUCCUGCACGAGUAUCGCAACGGGGCUUCGAUCCAUGAAUUCUGCAUCAACUUGAAGCAGCUCUACGGGGACAGCAGGAAGUUCCUGCUCUUAGGUCUUCGGCCCUUCAUCCCGGAGAAGGACAGCCAACACUUUGAGAACUUCCUGGAGACCAUCGGGGUGAAGGACGGCCGGGGCAUCAUCACGGACAGUUUCGGGAGGUACAGGCGGACGCUCAGCACCACCUCCAAUUCCACCACCAACGGCAACGGCGCUGCCGGCAGCUCGGAUGACCAAUCCGUCCCUUCCGAGGAGGACGAGUGGGACCGAAUGAUCUCCCACAUCAGCAACGACAUCGAAGCCCUGGGGUGCAGCAUGGACCGCGAUUCCUCCUGAGAGCGAGCCGGGGAGGGACGGGAGGCGGGGGGGGGGGGGGGGGGGAAGAACAACCCCGCAUCCUCCCGGAGAGACCCCCCGCAGCAGCAGUGCCUGGAUCCUGACCGUCGGUUCCGGAAGAGGUUUUUUUUUUUGGGGGGUGGUGGGGGGGAGGGGGCUGGAUCAGGAUGUAAUUAAUCUCCCAUCCUCGUUAACGGCGGAGGACCCCGGUGCAGGAGCCGUCCCUGGUUUGGUUUUUGCCGGCGAAACGGGGAGCAAGAGCCGGGUUGGGGGUGGGGGGGGGACACACACACACAAGUCGGCUACAACCCUCUUGCCUGGUUUACAGUUUUGCACAUGGUGUCCUUAUUGUAACCGCUCUCUUCCUCCUCCUCCUCUUCCUCCCCCCCCCCCCCCCGCCGCCCCCGGUUUGGAAUGAAGUUUACCACAAUGUGAAUUAUUUAAACCUAUUUGUCCGUGGUGUCGAAGCCUUUGGGCUCCGGCCCCGCGGGAGAAGCCGCGGAGGUAGGAAAAACCCCCUGUGGCAUUUCCCCCCCCCAGCACCCACCCACCCCCCCCCCCCCCAACCUUGGCUUCGCUCAGAAAUAGCUGGGGGGGGGUGUCCUGGGGAGGUGACAAUGACACGCAGAUGCCAUUUUACGUGCCAACAGGCUCCCGUGCGCCCACGAGCACCACCCUCGAGCACAAGGGUUUGUU